CGAAUACUUCGGAGAUCCCCAAUUAGGUAUUCUACACUUUUUCCGCCAUGGUCCCAGAUGGAAAACCGACAAGCUUGAGAGUCUUGUCUCUCAACUGCUGGGGUCUCAAGUUCAUUUCCAAGCUGCGCAACGAGCGCUUGACUGAAAUCGGCCGCCAGAUUGCUGCCGCCAACCCUCGUCCAGACAUUGUCGGCCUGCAGGAGUGCUGGACGCAGGAAGACUACGAAUCCAUACGCGAGCUGACCAAAUUCAUCUUACCAUAUGGAAAGUUCUAUCACAGCGGCUGCUUCGGAGGAGGGCUCGCUAUCUUGUCGCGAUGGGCGAUUGAGGAGAGCAACAUGGUGCGGUAUCCAUUGAAUGGACGACCUGCUGCCUUCUAUCGUGGAGAUUGGUUCGUCGGUAAAGGCGUUGCAUGUGCUCGCAUUCGGAUAGGACCGGCACCCAAGGACGUAGCAGAGGUUUUCACCACACAUCUACACGCACCGUACGAAGCCGAGCCGCACGACUCGUACAUCUGCCACCGAACGGCGCAAGCAUGGGAGAUAGCGAAGCUCAUGCGUGCAGCUGCCGAGCGAGGACACCUGGUAAUUGGCAUGGGAGACUUCAACAUGGUGCCACUGUCGCUGGCACACCGCAUUAUCGAAACACACUCGCCUGUGCAAGACGUUUGGCGAAUCCUCCACCCCGAUUCGUCUCACGGUGCAGCGAAGGACAAGGUGGAGCAGCUGCGCGGUCUGCCCAUGCCAAAUGCAGAGUUCAACAUCUCGACAAACGGGACAACGUGCGACAGUGCAUUCAACACGUGGAGGUGGAACGACGCACACAAGAAGCGGCUGAAGAAGGGCAAGGACGUGCAGAUAGAUCCGGCCGUCGAUGAUCCAAGCGCAAAGCGACUCGACUACGUCUUCUUCAGUAGCGCACGGCAUCACGAUGCCCAAACCGGUGAGGAAACGGCGGAAUGGAAGCUGAAGGAGGCAAAUGUUGGCAUGACCAUGCGGCAUCCAACAUUACACUGCUCACUCAGCGACCACUUCUCAGUCGAGUGCACUUUGACGAGAGAACACAAUUCUCAUGCAGCGCAUGCUUCAGACGUUGUCAACCAGUACCUGCCCAUCGGGACUUACGAAGAGAUCAUUGCGACGCUCUUCAAGUAUAUGGAUCGCCAACGGCUACAGCGAAGAUUGCGCAUUGGACACUUCUUCUUCCAACUCUCGAUCUGGACUGCCUGCAUGAUCGGAGUUUGGUGGUCGCCGCAUAACUACGUGUCUUUCAUCCUGAUGCUUCUGAGCUCAAUAGGGCUGAGUGUUGGUGUCAUCGAUGGGCUCAUGGGGCUGUUGUUCGGUGGUAGUGAGAUGAGGGCACUAAAGGAGUUUGAGUGGGAGGUUCAGAACGCAAUGGCACGAGCGUUGGAGCUGGAAGGGAAGUCGAACAACGAGCAGCCCGCAUAGCGCAGCGUAAUGCAGCAUCAAAUGGACUGUACAUGUGAAAGCCACUCUAGAAUUGAUGAGGUGUAUCUGAC